AUGGCCACUAACGGAACAAACGGAACUCAUGCCGGCAACGGACCCCGCCGCCCCAUCCGCAUCGCCGGCUGCUCGGCCGGUGUCUACGACCGCAAGCGUGCAUUGCACGACCUCGCCAAGAACGACGACCUCGACGUGAUCACGGGUGACUGGAUGUCCGAGUGCAACAUGACCUGGCGCGGCGCCGACAAGCAGGAGCGCCUGGCUGGUGGCGACACAGCCAAGGUGUCGUCUACCACUGGCUUCGAGCCGUCGUUUGUACAGAAGCUUGACCCUGCGAUCCCUUGGCUGGCAAGGCGCGGCAUCAAGGUGGCCGUCAACGCAGGCGCCAGCGACGUGGCUGGUCUUGCCGACGCUGUGCGCAGCCUGUGCACCAAGCACGGUGUUGCGCUCAAGGUCGGUUAUGUCGACGGUGACGAUGUCACUGAGGCAUUUAUGAAGCUGUAUAACAAGGAUAAGGCCAUCCAAGACUGGGGCUUUCAACCUCUCGCGGCCCAGUGCUACCUCGGCGGAUCGGGCGUCGCCGCCUGCCUUGCCGCUGGCGCUGAUAUUGUCGUCUGCGGCCGUGUCUCCGACGCCAGCCUUGCCGUCGGUGCCGCCAUGUGGUGGCACGGCUGGACGCGCGAAGCGCAUGUCGACGAGCUCGCAAGUGCCCUCAUGGUCGGUCACCUUAUCGAAUGCGGCACAUACGCCACUGGUGGCUAUUAUUCCGGGUUCAAGGCGUUCGGCAAGAAACGCACAGAUUUCGGGUACCCCAUUGCCGCCAUUGACCACAAGGGCGAGGCCGUCAUCAGCAUGGAGCGCGGCCGCCACGGCACGGUCAAUACCGGCACCAUCACGAGCCAGCUGUUGUACGAAAUCCAGGGCCCGCUGUACUACAACUCGGACGUUACCGCGCAGAUCGAUGGCAUCACCUUCACGCAGGUAGGCGACAACCAGGUCCACAUUGGCGGUGUUAAGGGCCUGCCGCCACCGCCAACCACGAAAGUUGGCGUCACCGCGCACGGCGGCUACCAGGCCGAGUUUCACUUCUACAUCACGGGGCUGGACGUGGCCGAAAAGGCCGCCAUGAUGGAAGAGCAGAUCCGUGAGCUGAUUGGCAAUGAUAUCGACAAGUUUUCGGCGCUGAAAUUUCAGCUCGCGGGAGGCGUGCCGUCUGACCCGGAGUCGCAGGAGGCGGCCACUGUUGAUUUCCGCGUUGUCGCCCAAUCGCCGCAUGCCGACCUCUUGUCCGGCGACAUGGUCGGCGCCGACCGCGGCACGUUUGCCAGCUACUGCAUCGAGAACUUGUCGCAAGGAUACCCAGGUAGCACCAUGGCGAUCGACAUGCGCGCAUCGGUCGGCCGGCCGUACUUUGAGUACCGGGCGUGCCUCAUGUCGCAGGAGUUCGUGACGGAAACGGCGCACUUACCUGACGGUACGGCCGUCGUUAUUCCACCGCCAGACCCGGCCACAAUACGGGAGUAUGCGCGCGAACAGCCCAGCGGCGACACGGCCAACCCCGUCACCGACCUCGUCGCAGCUUUUGGCCCAAUGACACGUGCGCCUCUCGGUUACGUUGUGCUGGGUCGCUCGGGUGACAAGUCGUCGAAUGCCAAUGUCGGCUUCUUUGUGCGCAACGAUGACGAAUGGGACUGGCUGCGGACGCUGCUGACUGUGGGCAAGCUGUGUGAGUUGCUCGGCAAGGACGACACCGGCAAGCAGAUCGACCGCUUUGAGCUGCCGAAACUGCGUGCCGUCCACUUCUUGUUGAAAGACCAUCUGGACAGAGGCUUCAACUCCACCACAGACUUCGACAGUCUUGGUAAGAACCUCUGCGAGUAUCUGCGUUCCAAGCACGUCGACAUCCCCAACAAGUUCCUGGAGCGUGGGCGUAUUUGA